AUGGUAACUAUUAGAGCAGUCAUUGCAUUGGAAGCCGCAAAAGGAUGGACUAUGUAUCAGAUGGAUGUAUUCAAUGCAUUCUUACAAGGAGAUUUGGAAGAUGAAGUAUACAUGGAACUUCCUCAGGGAUUUAGAAGACAGGGAGACCAAGAUCUUGGAUUAGGAGGUACCAAACUAGCUGCAACACCAGUAGAUUUGAACCAGAAGUUCACUUCUCUGAAAUUUGAUGCACAUGCAGGAAUAACAGGAGAUGAGGCAUUAGAUGAUAUAACAGCUUACCAAAGAUUAAUUGGGAGGCUAUUGUAUUUGACAAUAACAAGAUCUGACAUAAGCUAUAUAGUUCAGACAUAA